AUGAAUCUUGGGAAAGUGAAAGAGUUCUCUCUCAAUCGGAGAAUUAGGAUAUUAUGUCUGGAGCCAUUGUUUGGGAUAUUUGGUUACACCGCGAUUACGUUUGAUGCACCCGAGGUGAACUCUCGACCCAUUUUGGUUAAAAGUAGACAAUUUGUUGAGCUGGCGUUUAGGGCUUUAGUGAUGGAACAGAUUCACCGGGGUUCCCAAUUGCGUUCGAGUGCUGGAUCAAGAGUGUGGCGUUGCCAUCCGAUAGGCUGGUUGAAAAUCAAUUCUGAUGGGGUUGGACGUCAUGAAUCCGGGCUUUCGUCAUGUGAUGGUGCCCUGAGGAAUCAUGCGAGUCGGUAUAUUAAUCUCCCUUUCCUUAUACAUUCCCUGACUAGUGCAGAUAUGAAGGACGUAGAUUUCGAGCCGGAGGACGACGACCUCAUGGACGAGGACUCCAACAGCAACGCCGCCUCUCACCAAGCCUCUAUGCCUAAGCUAAAGUCAGUCAUCACUGGCGGCGCUUCUCUAAACCCUAAGAAGACUAAAGGUCAUGGCUUCCAUCUUGACGACGCCGACCGUCACUCCUAUCUUGCCUUCCGCGAGUUCGACUCUCUCGGCUCUGAUGAUGGUCUCGGUCCCAGAGAUGUUACUGUUGAAGGAUGGAUAAUCUUGGUCAUUGGUGUACACGAGGAAGCACAAGAGGAUGAUUUGCACAACGCAUUUGGUGAAUUUGGUGAGGUCAAGAACUUGCAUUUAAAUCUUGAUCGUCGCGCUGGAUUUGUCAAGGGAUAUGCACUCAUUGAAUACGAAAAGUUUGAAGAAGCAAAGAAUGCCAUAUCUGCAAUGGAUGGAGCAGAACUUCUUACACAGAUUAUCAAUGUUGAUUGGACCUUCAGUAAUGGACCCAGUAUUGGAUCCUCCAAGAGAAAAACUAUGAGAGCCGGCUGGACAAAUCACUCUCGGAGUCCUAGGAGAAGAUACUAGUUCUCUAUUAUGAGGGUCAAUUUGUAAAGAGAGUUUGAGAUUCGGUGCUUGAAAUUUACUGAACUAUGUACUUUUAUUUGUCUACUAUGUUAGAAAUCCAGACGAGGGUAUCACGGCCAAGGAAAUGGCAAAUGGGGAUAGUUCCUGGCUUUAUCUUAAUAAUCUUAAAGGCCAGAUGAUUAGGACUCCAAGCCGAUGUAUCUUUGU